GAAUUUCAACACAUGCAGAUGCCGUUGUCCGUUGCAUUGUGUUUGAAACUAUAAAGUUAUAUUUGAUCCAGUUUUGCAGGCGUUUUCAGACAAGAGGCUGUGCAUUGCAAUUUGCAUUUUGGUUACAUAAUAAAUAAAAUGGCCCACACCAUCCUGCUGGUCCAGCCUGGCCCCAAGCCUGAGAGCCGCACCUUCUCUGACUAUGAGAGUGUAAACGAGUGUAUGGAAGUAGGAGUGUGCAAGAUUUAUGAGGAGCACCUGAAGAGAAUGAACCCUAACACGCCUAGCAUCACAUACGACAUCUCCCAGCUCUUUGACUUCAUCGACCAGCUUGCGGACCUCUCCUGUUUGGUAUACCAGAAGAGCACCAAUACCUACGCGCCAUACAACAAAGACUGGAUUAAAGAGAAGAUCUACAUUUUACUGAGACGCCAGGCGGCCAAGGCGAACUGAAGCUCGCCUCAGCAGGCAACCGUCCUUUUCAAUGUGCUUCACAGCUGUCAAAACUUUUUUUUACUAAGUUAAGGACCUGAGACAUGAAACAGACACGUUCUGUGACUGCCUGGGAUAAGCGUACAACAUUAGCUAGCAUUGGUGUAUUGUUUAAUAUUGUUUGCCCUAUUAUGUUCGACAUACAUGAUGCCUCAUUGAUGCAUAUUCAUGAUGCAAUAUUAAUGUUGAUAUUCAUGAUUAUAAUGUUGAUAUUUAUGAUGCCACAUGAUGUUUGAUAAUUCAUGAUGCCACAUGAUGUUUGAUAAUCAUGAUGCCACAUUAAUGUUGAUAUUCAUGAUGCCACAUUAAUGCUGAUAUUCAUGAUGCCACAUUAAUGCUGAUAUUCAUGAUGCCACAUUAAUGCUGAUAUUCAUGAUGCCACAUGAUGCUGAUAUUCAUGAUGCCACAUAAUGUUGAUAUCCAUGAUGCCACAUGAUGUUGAAAUUCAUGAUGCCACAUGAUGCUGAUAUUCAUGAUGCCACAUUAAUGCUGAUAUUCAUGAUGCCACAUGAAUGUUGAUAUUCAUGAUGCCACAUUAAUGUUGAUAUUCAUGAUGCCCCAUGAUGUUGAUAGUCAUGAUGCAACAUUAAUGUUGAUAUUCAUGUUGCCACAUGAUGUUCAAUACUUGUUCCAGCGGCCGCUUGUGUAGAUAUUUGAAAGAAAUUCUUAAUGCAGCAAAGUUCCUCACAAAGCAAUGUAGUUAAUGCAGUGAAAUAAAUCGGCUUAUGACUGGAGUGUUGGAAGUAUUGUAUCGUUUGUUCGUCCUCCUCAAAUCGACACACGCUUAACUGCAGUGCUCAAAAAACUUGAUCGGUUGUUCGUCACCAUCAAAUUAGAACGCGACUUCAACCAUUUUCAACUUUUCCUCAGUGGCUGGCGUGCUGAAAAUUAACCAAUGUUCAUGUUUAAAAUGAAGUAAAUAUCACUUAUUGUGAAAAUUUCAAAUUAGAGUUCAUGAUGAACGGAAUAGAAGGAACUAUUUUCUUGUAGAACAGUCGCAAGAUAUUUUAGUCGAUACAAGCAUGAAAAUUUUAUGUCUUGUGUUGGGGCUCUAUAAGUUUUGUCUACGUUUAUUACUUCGUUUAAUAAAGAUCAGUAAAAUAGUCCCAUUUAUAAAGGGACAUUAAUUAACCUUGUCUGAUACCGUCUGUUGAUUGGGUGCCGUUUGAAGUCCCGGAACCCAGCUUCCUAUUCACCAAGUGAGGAACGUGCAGAAUUUGUAUUUUUUUUAAAUUAUUGAUGUCAUGACACAAUGCCUCUACAUUAGACUAUUUCGUUAGGAAAAUAUACGUUCGCUUCAACAAGUGAAGGUAAUCUGAGAUUUUAAAGCUUUUCCGCUUUUUAUCUCGUGAUUUAAUGGGCCACAGCCAUAAUUGUACACUUUUCUCAUAUGUUGUCAACUUUGACGUAUCGCGGAAUUAAAAAGUCAUUUUACUCCGUUAGGUACCUCCAAAAUAUUGUCCCUGUUUUAGCUGCAUUGCACUGCCGGUUUCAUUUGAUUUUGGCAUUUUUUGAAUAAACGGUAAUAAAAUAACCUA